UUUUCUUUCUUCUAGACUGGACUGCUCAACUUUAAUCAUCUAACUCUCUCCCUCGGUCACGGUCUCCACUCUCCGGAUACUCUCUCUCUCUCUCGGUCUCCCCUCCGGCCUCCCCUUCAUUCCAGCUCCUAGCCUCUAGAGUUGAGAGUGCUAUAAUAUGUGAUUAAAUGGUGCUGAGCAGAUUUGGAGGAUUGGUUAAAGGGCUUGGAUUUGAGUCUUCCUCCUCCUCCACCGCCGCCGGCGAUCGAACGAUUGUUCGUGGCACUGGUAGCAAAUAAUUGAACCUCUACUCUGCCAUCAACCAAGCGCUCCACAUCGCCUUGGAAACUGAUCCUCGGCCUGAAAUGAAGUGGUAGAAAAUGGAGUCGGCACUGGCUGAAGCAGCGGCAAAAGAAGGAGAAGGAGUAGGAGGAGGUAUUGUGCCCAGAACAGAGCCUUUGGGAGCAGAGAAAGGGAUGAUGAAUAGGAAGGAGAAGAGGAAAGCGAUGAAGAAGAUGAAGAGAAAGCAGACGAGGAAGGAGAUGGCACUUAAAGAGCGAGAGGAACAUGACGCCAUUCUCAACGAUCCUCUAGAGCUUGCGAAGAUUACGAUGAUCGAGCAAGAGGAGGCCGAGCGGUCGGAAAGAGAAAGGAAGAUUUUCGAGGAGCGAGAGAAGGUGUGGAUGGAAGCCAUGGAGGUUAAGAGGAAGAAACAAAUCGAAGAAGAAGAAGAGGAAGAACGAAGAAGAAUCAAGGCUCUUGAGGAAGAAGACGAAUUGCGGAAUGAACAGGUCGAAAAUGCAAAUGACGGUAAUGAGGUUGAUGAGUGGGACUAUGAAGAAGGACCUGCUGAAAUCAUCUGGCAAGGAAAUGAGAUCAUUCUCAAGAAGAAAAGGGUCAAGAUUCCUAAGAAAAACACAGACCAAGAAAGUAGAAAGAAGGAUUCUGAUAGGCCUACAUCAAAUCCUCUCCCUCCACAAUCUGAAGCUUUUUCAGAUUAUAAAAGUUCAUCAAUGUCAGCACAGCAGCUGAUCGAGAGUGUUGCUCAACAAGUGCCACAUUUUGGAACUGAGCAGGAUAAAGCUCAUUGCCCUUUCCAUUUGAAAACUGGAGCUUGUCGGUUUGGUCAGCGUUGUAGCAGAGUCCAUUUCUGUCCUGAUAAAUCUUCCACACUGCUUAUCAAGAACAUGUACAAUGGUCCAGGCCUUGCUUGGGAGCAGGAUGAGGGGCUCGAGUAUACUGAUGAGGAGGUGGAGCGCUGCUUUGAAGAAUUUUAUGAGGAUGUGCAUACGGAAUUCUUGAAGUUUGGAGAAAUUAUAAAUUUCAAGGUUUGCAGAAAUGGUGCAUUCCACUUGCGGGGAAAUGUGUACAUACACUACAAAUCACUGGAUUCAGCUGUUGUUGCUUAUCAAUCUGUUAAUGGCCGCUACUUUGCUGGGAAACAGAUAAGUUGUGAAUUUAUCAAUGUGACCAGAUGGAAGGUUGCCAUAUGUGGGGAAUAUAUGAAGUCGAGGUACAAGACAUGUUCCCGUGGUACAGCCUGCAAUUUUAUCCACUGUUUCCGCAAUCCUGGUGGAGACUAUGAAUGGGCUGAUAGUGACAGACCACCCCCAAAAUUUUGGGCGAGAAAAAUGGUUGCUUUAUUUGGUUAUUCUGAUGCGGAUGAUAAACCAAUGGUGGAAGAAAAUAUUGGACAGUGGAGGAACACUAGCAAGAUGUCAUUGGGAGAUUCUGAGAGGUACGGCUUGCGAAGAUCUAGUUCUAGAGGGAGGGACAGUGAUUAUGGUAGAAGAUAUGACAAUGAAAAUAAUGUUCUAGAGGGAACAUGCCGUCAGAAGCGUACAGGUGAUGAGGAUCUGUGUGAAGAGAACAAGAACUUAAGAAACUACAACCCUAGGAGGAGCAGAAAGUGGGAUACUGAAUCUGAUGGAGAAUUGUUGGAGAGGGAAAUAGAUAGAGACAGACACCGUGGACAUACUAGGCAUAGCUCAAGACAGCAAAACAGGGACCAUAUGAAUAAAACCUAUGAAACUGAAUCUGAUGGGGAUUUGUCGCAACGGAACAGAAUAGCACAGCAUGGUACCAGGAAAAGCUCAAGCCAACAGCGGAAAGUAGAAUCCCCGGAUGAAUAUAGGGAUCGGGAGAACAAAAAUCAUGAAGUGAAUUGGGACUGGUCAGAUAGGGACAGAGACAAAGAUGCUGCAUACCAUGACAAUGGGAGACAUUCUGGGCAAAAGAGGAAAGUGAGAUGUCGGGGUGAUCAUAAGGACAUCAAUAACAGAGCUCAUGAUACUGAUGGAGAGCGGUCAGACAGCAACAUGAGAGGUGAUGAGCAUCACAGUGGGAGGAAAAGCAUGGGACCCUCGUCAUACUCCAGCAAAGCUUCUAAAUUCUCAAAUCACGGGGGAAGAACCACCAGGUCCUAUAGUACUGACUUAAGUGAUGAUCUGUUAGAAAACAAUGCAGAAAGGCCCCCUUGUCAUGCUAGGAAACGAUCAAAACGCUUGGAUGAAGUGUCAGAUAUUUCAGAUGAUGAUAGAGUCCCAACACUAGAUAUGAAACAUAGGCGUGAUCGUUUGAGCAUAGAGAUGAGGGAAGCUGAUUCUCUAGUUGAAAAUUUGAAAUCACGUGGAACCCAUGAGUCCAGCAGUGUGGGUCCGGAUGAUAUAAGAUUCAACUCUGAUGUACUCACGGACAAAGAGGAUCGCUGGGAACCCGAAAAUAGUUCCGUUGAGAAUGGGAUAUACCAUACUUCUAAAAGAAAGGCUGGAAGUUCAGAGAGUUGCGAUUCUGGCAGGCCAGGUCCAUCUAAGGGAAGGGAUGAAUCAAGUGAUUUUGAUUCGGAACUCUACUACUACGGUAAAAUUGGCCGAGAAAAAGACGAAAAAUCUGACAGGGUAACUCAUUCCGAACAUGGAAAAUCAAGGAGAAAGUCUAGAAACAAGGAUCGCAAGCUUGACAGUGAUAACAGGCCACGGCAGGGUAGCAGCCAAUCAAGCCACAGGAGACACUCGAGUGGCUUGGAUGAUGCCACAGAUUCAUCCGAUGGUGACAGAGAAUCUGUAAGGAAACACAAGAGGCACCAUGCAGGUCAUAGAUCUCGUGAUCACAAACGACGUCAUUAGAAGAACUAAUCAUAAAAGCAAUAGGUUAGCCCCUGGAGAUUCAUCUCUAAGAGUUGUUAGAAGUCUGUCCACAAGGAAGAAUGUAACUUAUUACAAAUUUAGCCUGUUUACGGAUGUAGGUUGUGAAACUGUGUUCUCUCUUUUUUAUUCAAAGGGGGAUAACUGGUGGCAAGCCACGGUUAUCCAUCCUUUCCUCC